GCCCCUUGAUCUGCCCCCCUCUCCCCGCAUCCUCGCUCUCCCUUUAGGCUUAGCCCUGUCCCCCACCUGCUGCUCCCCAGCUCCGGGCGCCUCGCCCCGGGUGCAUGCGAGCCCACCUCUCCAAACGCGCACGACCUGGGCGCUCCGGCGCCCCGUCCUGGGGGCCCCAUGGCCACCCGCCGAGCCGUCCCCCCUUCUCUGUGGUCCGGCAGCGAGCGGCUGCGCAUCGGCGAGCGCCUCCAGGCCAGCCUGGCGGGGAUCUGGGAGCUGGACCUGCUGCGCGAAAUGCAGAAGGCGAGCGUGGAGCGCGCCCUGGAGGAGCGCCCAGCCGAGGCAGAGCCGCGAUCGGAGGACCCAACUUGCUUCGGAGGUGGGAAAUUGGCCCACGCCACCGGCACGAAGCUGGACCAGAGCAAAGCAGGACAUCUCUUGGGAUGCUCCGAGGAAGGGACCUUCUAUGCCUCGUCGGAGAACAUGGAGGUGGAUGCCAGAGACCUCUGUGUUCAUGCCGAAGAUGGUUUGGACAAGGAAGGGUUGGGGUUGAGGAUGAUGAGCGAGCAGAACAGGAAAGUGGGGAUCAACGGAGGAGACACCCCAGAGAUGCCAGAAGCCGAUUCCAGGCCCAGUUCAGGGUUUUACGAAACCAGCGAAAUGGGUUCCCUGUCGGAUUCGUGUGCCUCGGUGCACAGCGACGGACCUGGGGCCUCGCGCUGUAGCAUCGGCUCCCUCCCCCACCUGCCCAGCCUGCGCGAGAGCAGCUUUGCUCGGCCACGGUCAACUGACGAGGCGGCUGUCCGGCUCCUCGACCUCCAGCUCCAGCGUCUGACCUUGUCGAACAUAGCAAGGACCGACAACCAACGCCCCAUGUCCACCGGUGACCUCGAGUUCCUGUUGGGCCUCAGGGACUUCUCCCUCCCCCUCCGGAGGCCCCCAAAUCUCCAGAUGCUGCGGUACAAGUCGGACCUGGUCUCCCGAAACACCAACGAAGUCUAUCACUACCCCAGUCCUCUCCACGCGGUAGCCUUGCAGAGCCCUCUUUUCACCAACGGCCUUUCUCAAAGCUCGUCCCAGGAAGAUCUGGAUGAGGGGCCCCCGAAGUUUCCCAGAUCUGACUCGCCCAAGAGAGAGCCUCUGUGCUCCAGGGAGCCCCCGAGGGUCCGCUUGGACCAGUACAUGGCUAAGUUGGUGCUGCGUUACAAGUGCCGCGCGGCAGGCAACAGAACAGAAUCGGGCUACCUCGCAGGGAGCCAAAAGAGUUUAUCCAUGUUGUCCGUCUGUAGCUUUGGUCUGGCGGCUGGCCAGGCCCUCGGUCCAGUUCCAGGAUGGAAGAUCCGACGGCGUAUCUCCACCUGUUCUCACUUGCGUUCUCCCGAAGGCCCAGAGGGAGCACGAGACUCCCGGGUCCUGGAUGGGUUGUGGGAUUUCGCCCCGUUUCCCAAGAUCAGCUCCUUUCCAUCCAGUACCACCACCCUCGCUAAAGCUAGCGAGUCGUCUGUGAUUUCCCUUCCAACGCCCCAGGACUCUUUGGUUAACCUCAACCCAAACAAGCCAUCUGCCGCGCCAGAGAUAAAAGCUUUAGGCUGGGCAGCGGCGGCCCAGCGACAGGAAAUCGAGACAGAGACGUCCUUCCAAAAAGAGGCUUCGCUGCCUCGGGCCACUACCGGUGUUGACAAGCUGUACAAAGGCAGACACACUUCGCGGGAAUUGGUGAAGACUGCUGAGAAAGAAGAGAAGGCAGCCGAGAGAAGCUGGUUGAGUCCCCGCGAAUUACUGCGCAGGUUGAGUCUCCGCCGCAAGCCUUCGGCCCGCACGGGAGGCAGGGCCCGGGCCAGUUCGGAAAUGAACGUCCACGCCGCUGUGGGGCUGGUAUGUCCCAGCCACCUCCAAGCCAGCCAGGGCAAGGCAAUCAAACCGAAGUGGACGUCAGUCCUGGAAAUCUCCAGCAAAACCUCUGGACGGCAUCGCGCGAAAGCGGGGACGUUCCUUCCGCCGGCAGUGUUGAACCGCAACCUUGCCUUUUCCUCUGACGUGCCAGCAUCGUUCUGCUUCCUGGAGGACAGUCACUUUGACCUGCCACCUCGGCAGCGGGUGGGACUCGCCGGCAGCGGGUCCAGCCUCAGUGAGGUGGAAGCGACCAGCGCCGUCAGCCUGAACGGGGACUGGGUUCUCCAUCAGCUCGGAGACCGAUGGUUGCACGGCUCGGCCACGUUGGAUCCGGCCAAUUUGCCACCCCAUUCCUUUAAGCUUCGGCGCAGCCGUUCGUUCAAGGAGCUGAAGAAGAUGGUGUCUCGAUCCUUCAAGAGUUCCCGAACUGCCAAAUACUAGGAAAAGAUUGGACAAUCAGCUGGGAUGUGUGCGAAAGAUGAAGGGACUCCGGAGAGUGUUAAAGGUUUGGUUUUGCAAUGACUGAUCAUGUCGGAAAAGUUUCUCUAUCUGUUUGGAUGAUGGGACCGCCUCCAGGAUGUUAUCAUUCUUCUACAUUGCAGCUUCCUUGGCUGUCGGCCUCCCGAAUUCAAACUGAAACUCUCGAGCCGUAGGAAACCUACGGACGCGAACCCAAACCAAAGUAGAACUUGAGAGCUCCGUAGAAAGGCCUCCCCCCGAGAGAUGUUUUCUUUCAGUGGCUGCAUAUUCUCGCUCUGAACUGGCUUUCUUAACAUUGCUGCAGGAGCAGUGCGAGGGGUGGAGGAAAUGCCACUUUUGUUAAAGCCUGCUUCUCGUCUUGGGGUUAUUUCGAUGUUGUCGGGAAAAACAAGCAAUCAUGUGCUCGUCCUUGAUUUUAUGCAACUGGUGAUCCACGCUGGGUUGUAUAUCCCGAAUCAGUGAAUUCCAAGCUUUGUUUUGGGUUC